AUGGAAAGGGACAUGGAUGCGCAUGCUGUUUACUUGCGUCACAUGAUUUUGGUAUGUGAUGAGAGCAAAUUUAAUCUGAUGUUAAACUCUAUCCAUUCUCCUCUCUACCUCUCUUAUGGAGUUAGUGCAAGUCAUUCUGCUGACAAAUUUGUUGGGAUUCCUCAAUGCUGCUCUUAUGUACUUGGGAAUUAUGCUUGUCUACAGAAUAACCAUUUAACUUUACCGUUUGAAAAUAAAUAUCCGCCAUAUGUUGCUACGUUUCGGAUCCCAAAUUAUUCUUCCAAGAGUAAAAAGACAGGUGAGGGAAUGGAAAUCAGGUUGAUGACGCGUCCUUCAUAUUUAUACGCAGCAUAUGCAGCUAGACAUUGGCAAGUUCUUGUGCGACAAAAGUCAUCAUUACACUCGGAAUAUUUUGGGUGGUAUCAAAUUCAAGCAUUUAGCACUAUUUCAUCAAAUUGUUUCUUAUGCCAGAUGCGAAAUUUGACAUCUUUAGCUUCAGCAAAUGACUAG